AGGUAAACAGAUCAAAGCCGUUUCCAGUGGACUGUUCGAUGCUCAGGUGGGUCAAUCGUACCGGUGGUAACCCGGGUCAGUGAGACCAGGUGUGAGUGUUCUUCUUCCUUCUUCAAAGGAGCCGUCUUCAGGCAGCAGAGCUGGAUUCCAAGACCACCCCCCCCCCCAACUCCAGCUUGAUCCUGUAGAACAAGGUCUAGGUCCUCAGCAUCAGAGAUUUCACACUCCUCUUCCUCAUCCUGUUCUUCAUCCAGCAUCUUGGUGACCAUGUCAAUCGUUCAACUGUCCAGGUCUCUGUUCUCUGGACAGAGUGACACGAGGACAGACUGUCUGUCUGCGGAGGACAGCAUCACACAGUGCAGCAGCAGGGGACAGCAGGUGGUGGAUGAUGAUGAUAUCAGCAGUCUUCCUCACACUGUGGUGGUCGACAGUCCGAGCUCUGACAUCAUCGAACGUCUGACGGAGAAAAGGCGGAAAAAACAUGAAGUGGCUCUGAAGCAGCUGGAAGCUGAGCUGACACAACUCAGUCAGUUGUGUGAUGCUCAGGUGAUGUCUAUCAGUCGGGAAAUCACGUCAUCUCUACAGGAAGUGAAGGUCCAACCGAAGACACCUGAAGGCCCCCCCACACCUCCCAUCUGCCUGCAGCAGCUAGAGGACGAGAUGAAAAGAAUCAUUGAGCUGAAACACAAAUUGACAGAAUGUGAGAGUCAGUGCAUCCGGCAGAUCAGAGCUGUGCUGAGGAAAUACUGCCACCUGCUGGAGAAGAUCAGCUUCCUGCUGCCACCUGACGUCCACAGACUGAUCCACAGCAUAGCCACGAUGGUGAACCAGUCGCUGCUGGUGAACCGUCGCAAGGUCGCCCGUCUACUGCUGCUGACACCAGCAUGACCAGCAGAAACAUGAUGGAACAGAAUCUGACCUGAGAUCAUCGUUGACAAACAAACUGUUAAAUAAAG